AUGGCGCACGAUGACGACGGAACGUUGGGUGUAUGGUGCAAGACGAUGUGCUAUACUUUCUCACGGGCAGAGAUCGGUGAAACGACUUCCCUGGCGUGCUGGCGAACCGAGCUCCAACGUUUAUCAGGGAUCGAGCCCAGUGCGCAGCACCUGUGCUGGAUUUUCUGGUGCGAUGCUCUGGAUAUGCCUUUGAAAGUCGGCACAGAAGUGCGUGCAGACGGCGGUCAUAGCGUCGAAGAGCUGCUCCCAGUCCUAGGCGCGCUGGCAGAGUCGCACGCUGAACUAGCGCGUCGCACCCGAGGACCUUUUCGCUCCUGCCUGUUGCUGCUUAAACGCGGAGAAUCAGCGACAAAGUGUCUCACAUUCCUGUUCCGCAUACUGCAACACUGGGUGCAAGCCAGCCGCCUUGACGCUCAGAAAGUCGAAGCUGCCCGAGCUAGCGGCGUUGUACCAGUGCAGCGCUUUGAACAGUCGGCAGAAAGCCAUUUUUCUCAAUUAGCACGCUCCCAAACUGAACCCGGUAUUGGGGUCGAUAACCAGCCGGCAGCAGGGGAUGCUCUUCCGUUGGCGGACAUCUGCUUUACUGCGGCUGUUGUACGAGAGGCACUGCACUGGUUCAAGCGAGAACACUUCCAGUGGGUGGACAGCCCGCCCUGUGAGCACUGUGGAAUACGCACACUUCGCUUGAAAGGCGUAGACCUGCCGGCCGCCAGUGAAGCUUUGCAUGCAGCUGAGCGCGUAGAGGUCUACGAGUGUCCCACGGACGAGCGAGGUUGCGGGGCGCUCGUACGCUUUCCCCGGUACAAUGACGCGCUGUUUUUACUUACCGAAAGCCGACGCGGCCGAUGCGGAGAAUGGGCCCAGGCGUUUGCGUUAGCCCUCUGUGCGUGCUCGGUGCCUCGUGUUCGACUCGUCUUCGACUUUGAAGAUCAUAUUUGGACAGAGUUUUGGAGCGAAUCGAGGGAGACCUGGAUCCAUGCAGACCCCUGCGAGGAAGCCCUUGACCAGCCUCAUCUUUACAGUUGUGGUUGGGGUAAAGCGCUCAGUUGGGUCAUUGCGAUCGAGGUAGGCCUACGGACGUGUCAUCUGGAAGACCGCAGUCGCGUCUACGUGCCACGCGCACACUGGCCCGCCAUGGAAGAACGCCAGGCGCGCACUGCUGGCGACAUCGAUGCCGCGUCGGGACUCUUGCGGAUGCUCGCUACGCUCUCGGGUGGUAAGCAAUACUAUAGUGAGACAGCGUUAGCUGCUGAGGAGCACGCCUCUGAAUCGGAGGGAUCCACGCUAGAGCCAGGACAGCAUCUGCAACCUCGACAGUCGGGAGCUCCAGCGUGGAUCGCAUCGCGAGGUGAAAACGGGCCAGCUAUCGCGAAGCGAUAA